AUGUUCGACCAACAGCAGCCCACCACAUCGGCCCAAACCGAGCCGGAAGACGUCGCUGAAGCACCGUGCAGGCCGAUGCGACGAGACCGCACGUCUUCAACAAGUUCACCUACUAUCUCCCAAAAUUCGCGAAAAUGGCGGAUACGACAGUGGACGGCCCAUCUUGCCUUGCUUCUAAUUUCAUUCGUCAGCCUGGCCGCGGCGACUGAUCAAGAGUUGCAAUACUCGUUGGCCCCGGAUCGUGGCGGGGCGAAGCGGAUCUACAAAAACGAGUGGGCCGUCCGGAUAGAUACUGAUGACGACAGCGAGGCAGACAGAUUGGCCCAUAAACAUGGAUUCGAGAACCGGGGACGGGUGAUAGCCGGCGAGCCGUACUUCCUCUUCGAGCAGCCGCACGGGCGGAAGAAGUCGGCGCGAAAGACACGGUCCCUGCUGGCCAACGGGUUGGGCCACGAGCCGGAAGUGAUGUGGAUGGAGCAACAGGUCGCCAAGAAACGGGUCAAACGCGAUUUUCGAAGAGUUAGACGCGGCGACUUUCGGACUGAUAAUGAUGUCGUUGAGGACCCGGGCCGAGCAAAAUCGCGGAAUCGCAAGCCACACUUCGACCCGAACGACAAAUUCUGGACGGACAUGUGGUAUUUGAAUCGGGGCGACCAGAGCGAACGGAUGGACCAUAAUGUGCAAGAGGCAUGGGAUCUCGGGUAUACGGGUAAAGGCGUUGUCGUCACGAUCCUUGAUGAUGGUCUCGAGCACACCCAUCCGGAUAUCCUUCCAAAUUACGACCCGGAAGCCUCGUAUGACGUGAAUGAUCGAGAUGACGAUCCGAUCCCGAGAUACGAGUAUUCUGAUGAGAAUCGUCAUGGGACCAGAUGCGCCGGUGAAGUGGCGGCCGUGUUCAACAACUCGUUGUGCAUCGUUGGCAUCGCCUACAAUUCGAAUAUUGGAGGCAUCCGAAUGCUGGACGGUGAUGUGACAGAUGCCGUUGAAGCAGCCUCUCUCUCCCAUGGUAUCCAUCAUAUUGAUGUCUAUAGCGCUUCCUGGGGCCCAGAUGACGAUGGACGUACCGUGGACGGGCCGGCAAAGUUGACGCGUGCCGCCUUUGAGCGUGGCAUUCGGGAGGGCCGCGGCGGCAAAGGUUCAAUCUUCGUGUGGGCCUCCGGAAAUGGCGGGAAGGAUGGGGAUUCUUGUAACUGUGACGGGUACACGAAUUCGAUCUACACCCUCUCGAUCUCGUCGGCCACUGAGAAUGGAAAUAUUCCGUGGUAUUCGGAGGCAUGUUCAUCUACACUCGCCACUGCGUAUUCGAGCGGGGCCGCCGGGGAGAAGAUGAUUGUAACAACCGACCUCCACCACGGCUGUACCACCCUCCAUACCGGCACUUCCGCUUCUGCUCCUCUGGCUGCUGGCAUUGUGGCCCUUGCGCUAGAGGCUAAUCCACAAUUGACAUGGCGUGAUCUACAGCAUCUGGUCGUCCGCACGGCUCGCCCGAUUCAUCUACGGGCCGGCGAUUGGGUGACGAACGGGGUGGGACGGAAUGUUUCACAUUCUUUUGGCUAUGGGCUCAUGGAUGCUGGAGCAAUGGUGCGACUGGCAAAGAAUUGGACAACAGUACCCGAGCAGCGGAAGUGCAAGCAGUACUAUCCGUCGAGAUUCAAACGUUCCAUCCCCCACGGCAAUCGUCUCCAACUUCAACUCUACACUGAUGGAUGCUCAGGCACAGAUGACCACGUCGCAUAUGUUGAGCAUGUCCAGUCAAUCAUCACCAUGAAAGCUCCGAAGCGGGGAGAUAUCCAGAUAUACCUCACCUCCCCGAGCAAUACCCGGUCGGUGCUGUUGACAAAGCGAGCGAGAGACUCAUCACGAGCUGGCUUUGCCGAAUGGGCAUUUAUGACGACACAUAAUUGGGGAGAAUUCGCCGCCGGGCUGUGGCUGUUGGAAAUUGACAAUGAUGGAUGGGAUGUGGUCGACGCCGAGCUGGUGAAAUGGGAUCUCGUGUUGUACGGUACCCGAGAGGAAGUGGGGGCCUAUGGUGGCUACCAUCCGAGUCUUGCUCCUCGUUCUGUUCUCACAAUGCCUGUCCAGAGCACGGCCAGCCUGAAGACCACAAUUAUUGCCUCUGUCCUCCCGCUCCUCGUCUUGGCCUUAUUCCGGGGU